AUGGCCACCAUCCCCGUGGUCCCCUUCUGGGGCCCUGCAACGUCUUAUCUAAACUUUUGUGAAGAGGACUAUGUGGUUACUCGAUUUGUUGCCGAGUUCAUCAACACUUUCAGCAGCCUUAUCUUCAUUCUCUUCGGAAUAUAUGGACUUCGACAACUCCAAAAGAAAAAGCAAAUGGGGUUCCGCUCGAUCUCGUAUUUGGGGCUGAUCGGUGUGGGCGUCUGCUCGGCUGGUUACCAUAUGACCCUCAAAUAUCACACUCAGAUGUCGGACGAGCUGUCGAUGCAUCUUCUCACAACACCACUGCUUUACCGAAUCUUGACUUUCAAGGCUAGCCCAGAGCGAACCAAAAUCGUGGGAAUUGUUCUAUCCGUACUGUUCACCAUCGUGAUGGUCGUUCACAUGGUUAUGAACGAGUUCUUGCUUCACGCGGUUAGCUUUGGACUUGCGGUUUAUAUGAUCGCGACGCGGACGUCAAAGAUCAUUACACAGCAAGUUCCCGAUCCUUUCCUGAGGAAAAAGCUUCGCAACAUCUCAUUCUUCGGUAUAUUCUGCUUUGGCUUGGGCUACUUCGUGUGGCUCAUUGAUGAUUGGGCAUGUGGGACCCUUAUCAAAACGAGACAUGCGGUCGGUCUGCCUUUGGCAUUCUUGACUGAACUUCACGGAUGGUGGCAUAUACUCACUGCUAUUGGCGGCUACGUUGCUGUUGUACUCGUGGAUCUAGUAACCACGGGUGAGGUGCACGAAGACCCUACCGACGAUCUUGCAUGGCCUAUCCCGCCUGCAGCGAGAUUCAUUGAAUCAUUGACAGGUCUUGCGAAGCAAAAGUAA